AUGUGGAGUAUAAUUGUUGACUCUCCAACAUGGACAUCGUACACUGAAAACUACAGAAAACUACAGUCAAUGUUAAGAGAACAUGAAGAUGUUUUACAGUAUUUGGACGAUGUUUGGUUAAACAAGUAUAAGGAAAUGUUUGUCUCUGUUUGGAUUGAUCAACAUUUGAACUUUGGACAACGAACCAGCAGCAGAGUUGAGGACCAACAUUCAGCGUUAAAGAAGUACUUACAAGAAAAAAAUUAUUCUUUAGCCAAGUUUGUUGGUGCUAUUGAUCGGUUUGUGAAGUCUCAACUUACAACGAUAAAUGAGAGUUUUGAAAAGAGCAUGAUCGUCUCCAAACACGAACACAAAUUUUCGUGUUUCGAUUUGUUGCGGGGUAAUGUUUCACUUAAAGCUCUGGAUAUGCUUGUAGAGGAACUUCAACGGGUACAUCAAGUUGACUCUUCAAACUGUGGUUGUAAACUACAAAAUAGUUGUGGCUUACCAUGUGAGUGUAUUUCAUUGGAAUCAAUAGAUGUAUUCUGGAGAAAACUUAAAAUUUCACCGUCAAUUCCUAUGGAAAAUGAGGAUAUAUGUGGUGAUGGUAAAUUUGAAGUGUUUAAAGAAACCUACAAUAAGCAACCGGAAGCUGUGAAAAAAAAGCAUGAUGAGAAAGCUACUAGAUAUAUUCCAGCCUAG